AUGGACCGCACCGAUGAUGCGGUGGUGUCGAUGCUUGAAACCCCUUUCCAGUCUUCCGCCGCACUCCUUUCGAGGCAUCGCAAAGCCGCGCCGUCGCGAUCACAUUCCGCCAAACCGUCCACGGUUGACCCGGCAUCGCCCGAAGUGAUCUCCUCGUUGAUCUCAUCCCUUUCAACGAUCUCCGCGCCCCUGCAGUCUCAUUUCGACAGCGUUCCGUGCAUCGAUCCCGAAACCGAUCCAUCCUCCCCCGUUGUCUUACCCUCUGAGCAGCAUUCCAUCUCGGACCAGCGCCCACAUACCGCGCAUGGUUUUGGUGUGAGCUACGGGGCACCCCCAGUCUCCGAUGAAUCACCGAAUACCCCCUUCCUGCAUCCGGAUGAUGCAGCGGUUGCGCCCGUCAUUCGCAUGGCUCGAGCUCCUCCCUCUCCAAAGCCCAAAUCGAGCCCAGACCCUUCUCCCUCCUUUGGACGACCGACCUCUCGGGGCUCGUACACCUCGUCGAAAGCGGCAUACGAAGACUACGCAUUUGGAAUGAUAACAGCGCAGCCUGGCCCCCGUGUAUCGACUGCGCCUAGCAUUGCUUCGUCAGGGUCAAGAAAGAGUCUCAAGAACCAGUUUGUCCUAUUGAAGAAAGGUUCCCGGGAAUUCGGAGGCGAUAAGGACAAGCGAGCGGAGAGGUUACGAAAGACAAGUAGCUACAACGACAGCUUGAGACACAACGUUCCCCGCAGUAGAGCUAGCCUACGAUCCUUGUAUUCGAUGGCCGAUGUCGCCGAGGAGGGGCGACCGGCCCCAUCGGACCUGGUCUCUGCUCUGGAGGGAAGGGCAAUUAGCAGAAGCUCCAGUAAGGCGGGACAAUCAUUACAGUAUACCCCCGAGGACGCGCCUAGCACCCCGGGUGGUAUUGGAAGUGGAAGGGUUAUUCCUACUCGCGAGUCUUCUCUGCGACAUAGUUUUUCGUCAAGUCCCAAGCACCACAGGUCUGUCCGUCAUGUUCGCUAUUCGUCCUCGGGAAGCAGAGAGAUAAAAGCAGACAGUGGGGCCCCUGGUCCGAGCAACGAGGCCGAACAGGUGACCAAGAGGAUACAACAAUUAAAGGAUCAGCAGCAGAAGAUCAAGACUGAGCUGGAAAUCGACGAUAGUCCCGACAAGCCCGUUAGGGUGCCUCCUCAGCAAGACCCGCCAACACAGAACCCCGACGAAGGGGAGCGUCUAGAGGAGCCCUUGAGAAGGCAGAAUGAAUGCAGAACUGGGUUGGAAUUCGACGAGAGCGCACCAUCACCGGCUGUUCUGACCGGGAAAAGCAGGUCAGCGAGACACAAAAGUCCGACACUUGCGUCUCGACCGAGCAACGUACCCUUGCAGCCUUUAUCGACAAGUCAAUCAUUUGACAAGCCCGACUCAGCCGAAAGAAUCCGCCAUGGACAAUCGACGGAAUCUCCCCUGCGAAAUCCCAGCCAUUUCUCACCCGGCCAAGCUUCCCCAGGUCAUGGCUCAAUGAUAGAUGAGCGGCCAUCAAGUGCGGAUACCAUCGAUCUUGCUGUUUUUGACUACGUAUCGUCUUCAAAACUGACGCAGAAAGUGGUCCAUCCCGCUACCGGUCGUGCUAUAGCGUUUUCGGAAGUCGGUGACCCCAAGGGCCAUGUAGUAUUAUGCUGCCUCGGAAUGGGAUUAACCCGAUAUUUGAUGGCUUUUUACGACGAGCUAGCACGGUCUCUUCACCUCCGGCUCGUAACUUUGGAUCGCCCUGGAGUUGGUGAGAGUGGGCCUUACGUUAGCGAGGCGGGGACUCCUCUGAGCUGGCCUGAUGAUGUUGCGAUCGUGUGCAACCAUCUGAAAGUGACCAAGUUCUCCAUCCUUGCUCACUCUGCCGGCGCUAUCUAUGCGCUGGCAACUGCCCUGAGGAUUCCGCAGCACAUCCGUGGACGAAUCCAUCUUCUCGCGCCCUGGAUACCGCCCUCCCAAUUGUCCAGCAUUGGCUCGCCCAAGGCCCCUGUUCCCACCAACGCAGUUCCUUAUUCCCAGAGAAUCCUCCGGGCGCUUCCAACAUCCAUUUUAAAGGUCGCAAAUUCCAGCUUCAUGAGCGCAACAAGCGCAAGUAUCACUUCCAGUCUACCGAAAUCUCCCCGACGUGCCAAACGAAGAGCCGCAGUCAAGGACUCCACGAGCCCGACUGCCCUCGAGAGCAACGGGGCCCAGCGACUCCCGAAUAAACUUCACCAACAGGGAGCAGAUUUGCGGACAUUGCAGAUCAUCCAAGCCCCGUCGAUAUCAAACGCAGCUGGGGAUAAAAACCCCGAAGUGACCGCGAGCCCCACUCCGGUGACGGCAUCUCAAGAACGGGAACGCCAGACUGAUUACGAUACUCGACUGACUCACAAGAUCUGGGAGUUGGCUACCGCGAACGCCAACCCGGCCGUUGAUCUGCUGGUGUGCUUGGAACGUCGCCAGCCAAUUGGAUUUCGAUAUGUCGAUAUUACCCGAAACGUUGUCAUCCACCAUGGAAGCAGAGACACCCGCGUUCCUGUUGACAACGUCCGGUGGCUAGGGCAAACCAUGCGGCGCUGUGAAGUUCGGGUCCUUGAGGGUGAAGGCCAUGGAUUGAUGGCCUCAGCCGCGGUGAUGGGCAAUGUACUAAUGGAGAUUGCCAAGGAGUGGGAGGAUUGGAUGAUUGUGGUCCAGGGCAAGCGUCGAGGAACUAUCGGACCACGGUCAGGAGUUGCCGUUCAAGCGUGA